GUAUUCUCCAACUGACGUGUCGUAUUGGAUUGUUGUUGGGAGAAGCACGGUGGUUGUUUAGAUGCCAUUUCUUUAACUAGCCGACAGGUUCUACCACCAGACAGUUGAAACGAUGGCGGAACCCAGCAGGCAGGACAUUUCUGCCAUUUUCAAGCGACUGCGCUCCUUUCCUACGAAUAAGGUUUGCUUCGACUGUGCAGCUAAAAACCCCAGCUGGGCCAGCAUCACCCACGGGGUGUUCCUCUGCAUAGACUGCUCUGGGACUCACCGGUCUUUGGGAGUGCACCUGUCCUUUAUUAGGUCCACUGAGCUGGAUUUCAACUGGUCAUGGUUCCAACUUAGAUGUAUGCAAGUUGGAGGCAAUGCCAGUGCUAUUGCAUUUUUCAAUCAACAUGGGUGCACAGCUAGUGCCGCUAAUGCCAAAUACAACAGCCGUUCUGCCCAGCUGUACAGGGAGAAGAUCAAAAAUUUAGCCACACAAGCUACCAGACGUCAUGGCACUGAGUUGUGGCUAGAUAGUCAGGGUCCUCUUUCUCCAACAUCACCAGAGGACAAGCAGGUGGACUUCUUCAGUCUGCUUUCGCAGGAUGUACCAGAAAAUCUGAACAUGGCCAAAAUGAGUCUCAGCACCUGCUCCUCAGAAAAGCCUUCAACCCUGGAAAAAGAUGAAGAUAGAAAUGGAAAUUCAGAAGAAGGUCCAAAUGUAGAAUUACUAAGUGUUUCCCCAAAAGCAAACCCAGAGCCUUCAUCACUUCUAAAAAAGAAGCCAGCUGCUGCCAAGAAAACGCUGGCUUCUAAGAAAGGCGGACUGGGUGCUCAGAAGGUCAGCAGCAAGAGUUUCUCUGAGUUGGAGAAGGCGGCUCAGGCUGCGGACAAACUCAGAGAGAAAGAAGAGAGCUCUGGCGCCGGUGCCAAGAGGAAUAUCACACCCGAGGAGUCCAUUGCUCCGUCCAUGCGUCUGGCCUAUAAAGAUUUAGAGCAGCAGAGGAAAAUUGAGGAGCAGAAGCUGAAGGGAUUGGAGGGGAAGAAGAAGGAGCAAGCUGAAAGACUGGGCAUGGGUCUAGGCAUCAGGAGCGGAGUUUCUCACUCUGUUAUGUCAGAUAUGCACACCAUCCAACAGGAGACUCCGCUUGGAGCCAAGACCACCAAAGGCCGGAGAUUUACUGAGGAAGAUGAGUAUGAAGGGACAUUUAGCUCAAGGACGCUGUCACGGUUUGAGGAUCAGACAGACCCCUCUGAUGGUUUCUCUGUGCGGUGGGGAGGUGAUGGUGGCAACGGAGGAGGAUGGAUGAAGGAGAGCAAGAAACCAGAGUCAGACUUCUUCUUGUCCUCCGCCAUGUCUUCAUUUGAUGACAGGCCGGUUUCCAGGAAAAAAGCUGACUUGGCACCCGUCUCGGAUUCUGGAGAAGCUCGGAAAAAGUUUGGAAAUGAAGUCAAAGCCAUCUCUUCCGACAUGUAUUUUGGAAAACAAGACAACUCUGAGUAUGAAACCAGGACCCGACUGGAGAGAUUUGCAGGGAGUGCUGCAAUAAGUUCAGCUGACCUUUUUGAUGAACCAAAGAAAGAAACUGGGAGUUCAUAUCGUCUGAGCAACGUGCUGCCCAGCGCUCCUGACAUGUCGCAGCUUAAACUCGGCGUGCGCUCAGUUGCAGGGAAGCUGUCGGUCAUGGCUAGUGGCGUAGUCAACACUAUUCAGGACCACUACAAUUCCUAAGUGACGAUGUGGAUGUAAAUAUAAUUUCCGAAGAACUCUCACCUUUUAAAGAGACAUCGAUGCUCGUAGCAAGUCUGCACAUUUACCACAAAAUUACCCUUUGUAUAUUUUUGGUAUUAAUUGAUGUGUGCAAAUAUAAAACAUAUGAGAUGAUUUCUGUUGAAUUUACAGACUUGAAUAUCAAAUUCUCUGCUUUAAGGUUUCUGGGCUUAUGUAUUUAGAAGUGCUGUAAUUAGCAGAUUGAGUAGCUUUGUGGUGUCAUGAAGAAGGCGUUUCUAGUGUUUCUUUCUUUAUUUAUGUGAUCAAAUCCACACUAGUGUCAUUUUUUGUUAAUUGGGUGAUCUUAUAGUUUUUCAUGCUGCAACAUAUUUAUCCUGUGUUGAUUCACAAAAGCUUGAAAGUGUCCUUUCAGUCCCCAAAGUGCACUUAGGUCUGCAUCCUUACAGAGCAGACCAAAAGAUGGCAGAAACCUUAUGGGACCAGAUAGUUUUCCUGAUGUAAGUUGUGAAAAGCUAUUAGUGAUGCUUUCAUUUUCUGUGUAUGCUUUGUGUUUAGGUCAUACGAUGAAGUUACAAAAAGAAGUGUUUGAUGAAGCUUUCGUACAGUGCUGGUGAGAGGUUUUCUAACAAUCAACAUGGGCGUGAUUGCCAUUUUCAUUUUGGACUUUUAAGGAUUUGGUUAAACUGUUCUUUUUUCACAGUGAAAUUUUUAGGCAACAAACAGCUUUAAUGAUUUAUACAAUUUAGAAUUGGAAAACAAGAUUGAAUUUUCUUAAAGGGUUCUAAAUUGUAAAUAGAGGCUUAUAUAUACAUACUAGACUGCUCUUUUUGGAGAAUUGUUAGCAUUCAUUUAAAUUGGUUGGUUUCCUCGGACGGACCCGGCUUUUAAACCUAAUCCAUAGUUAGUGUUGAGGUCAGGACCGUUGCAGAAGCCUAGUAUUAGUCUGCUUCAUCCAUUUAAGGACCUGUUGGAAUACCUGGUUGUGAUAAACUUUCAGCUAUGCUUAAAAGCCAGAUCAGUGCCUGGGUGCCAAAUAAUUCAAAUGAUCGCUUCUUUCAAGAAUUGUCCAAUAUCCAGCCUGCAACUCCUUAAGGGACAUUUAUCCAAUUAUAAGUGGGGGUUUAUGUAUAGUUCUGACUCUGCAUGAUUUAGAGAAAAUCCUCAAUAGAUUCAAAAUUGCACAACCGAUUUUAGUGUAUUAAAAAUUGUUUAAUAUAACCAUUUCACUGAUAAAAAUGUAAGUUAAAUGCAUCUUUAAAAACUGCAAUAUGAUGAUAUUUAUGCUCAUGUUGGAUGUAUGUAAACAUCUGGUCAGCACUCUCAGUGCAGUCAGGUGGGUAGCUCAGACAAAUGGCAUGAAAGGGCACAAAAAAAACUCUACUUUGUAGUAAGACUAAAUGUUUUCUUGUCUGAAUUUUGUCACCAAAGAGAAUCAUUAUAUGUUUUGUUUAUUUUCAAUAAUUUAAAAAAGACUUCAGUCAUUGGUUGGCUCCAUGAUUUAAACAACUUGUUCCAGACCAGUACGAAACCAGUCUUGCUUCAUUGCACUAUUUAAUGUUUUGUUUUUUUUCUUUAGUUCCGAUAUAUAGGCUGACUAUUGCCACUACUGUCAUAUUUAGAGUUAUUAGUAUUAAACAGGUGCCUUUAAUUCUCUUAAGGUUGGAUUUUGGUGAAAAUUCCCAUUUGGAAAUCUGUGGUGAAUUUACAAAAUUCUUCAGUAGAAAAUUGUCUAAUUGUAAUUUUGUUAUCUUUGUUUCUUCUGAAGCUUCAUGUCUGCUGUGUUAUAAAUAUAGACAGCCCCAUUUUGAAAACUUUUACCUUUUUAGUUACUUCACUCAUCUCAAAAUACCUGGAUGUUAUAUUUGGCAUGCAAACGGGGUUAGAUCACUCAUCAUGUUGCAAUACAAUAGUUGCUGGUAAAAGUCAUCCAUCCAGGCAUCCUUGUAGCUUCCUUUCUGUCAGAGCAGCAGUUAUUCACUAAUUACUGCUUAGGAAAAUUUAAAGCAGGUUUCCAAAAUGACCAUUUGCCAAUUUCAUGGAAUCCUUGUGAAGUAAGUCUGGUAUUCAUGAUCAUUUUACCACCCUCGGUGCCCAAUGCUACACACACCUCCUAGAUGUCCAUUAUCCAUUACUUGACUGGUCAGAGCUAUUUUCUGCAGUUUUACAGAAUUAUUCAGACUCUGAACAGGGUCUUAACUCUACUCGGUGUCUUCUGUUUAAUUUCCCUGGCGGUUGAUUCAACACGUUUCAUAGAAAUCAGGAAAAGUCAAAGAAUUUUACACCGUUAACAUUUGUUUGUGCUAUCACAAUACCCGUUUACUCAAAAUUUUUUUAAAAUUUGCACAUGGCAGCUUUGGCGCCUCUGAAUUAAUGAUGCAUUUAUGUUUGCUUUGUCUGUUUUUGUAAGAUUGUCUGUCCCUUUGUGCUUGAUUACACAUACAUGUUAUUUUGUUUAUUUUGCAUGUUCCCUAUGUAGCUUAUACAAGACCCGUCCUGAAGAUGGAACCAUGGAUUUUUCAGUAAUGGCUGUGUAGUACAGUGUUGUAAAGAACUUUUGGUUUUCAUUUACAUAUAAAAUAAAGCUACCGAUAAUCAUGUUUUGUCUAUUUUUUGACACAGAAUGUAAGCAGGAACUCCACAACUGUGCCAAAAUAAAUUGUUUACGCCUUAA